AUGUUCGACACGUCGGCGGUACCGAUUUUCACGGGACAAAACUACUCCGCGUGGAAGUUUAAGUUCCAAGUGUUCAUGAUGGAGCGGGGACUUUGGGGUUUCUUCGAUGGAACGGAGAAGAAGCCGGACGAUGAGAGCGGCAUCGCGGCAUGGAAGAAGAAGGACCAAAAGGCGUUCACUACGUUGAUUUCGCGCAUCGGCAUCAAUCUCGUGAGCUCGGUGCGCAUGUGCAUCAAGCUCGAAGCGUCGGCGCAUGAAGCGUGGAAGCGGCUCGAGACCAUCCACGUGAACAAGACUCUCCACGGCAAGAUCCUAGCCCGGAAUGCGUUCUACACGGUGAAGAUGCGCGCGGGUGAAUCGAUGCAUGAGUAUGCGACUCGUGUGGAGGAACUCGGGGAAACGUUCAUGGACCUCGGUGGAACGGUCACGGAGGAGGAUUGGAUUCUCACCUUGCUUUGCGGCCUUCCGGAAGAGUGUGUGGGGGAAGAAGAGGAGAUACCGCUUAGAAACGCUUUCCUGGGUGUGGAGAAGCUGGUAGAACCAGAGGAGGAGAGGUACGAUCCAGACAAGGCCUUGAUGCUCGCUUUCAAUAAGUGCAACGGAGUCACUCUUGAACCCACGUCACUCUCUCUUCAUCCCAUCUCUCUCACCUCUCUGACUCAUCAUCUCAUCUCCCUCACUCAUCGCCCCAUCUCCCUCACGGUUUCACCCCAUCUCCCUCACGGUUUCACCCCAUCUCCCUCACGGUUUCACCCCAUCUCCCUCACUCAUCGCCCCAUCUCCCUCACGGUUUCACCCCAUCUCCCUCACUCAUCGCCCCAUCUCCCUCACGGUUUCACCCCAUCUCUCGCACUCAUCACCCCAUUUCAGUCACCCAUCACCCCAUUUCAGUCACACAUCACCCCAUCUCCCUCACUCAUUGCCCCAUCUCCCUCACGGUUUCACCCCAUCUCCCUCACUCAUCGCCCCAUCUCCUUCACGGUUUCACCCCAUCUCUCGCACUCAUCACCUCAUUUCAGUCACCCAUCACUCCAUUUCAGUCACACAUCACCCCAUCUCCCUCACUCAUCGCCCCAUCUCCCUCACGGUUUCACCCCAUCUCCCUUACUCAUCGCCCCAUCUCCCUCACGGUUUCACCCCAUCUCCCUCACUCAUCGCCCCAUCUCCCUCACGGUUUCACUCCAUCUCCCUCACUCAUCACCUCAUUUCAGUCACCCAUCACCCCAUUUCAGUCACACAUCACCCCAUCUCCCUCACUCAUCGCCCCAUCUCCCUCACGGUUUCACCCCAUCUCCCUUACUCAUCGCCCCAUCUCCCUCACGGUUUCACCCCAUCUCCCUCACUCAUCGCCCCAUCUCCCUCACGGUUUCACUCCAUCUCCCUCACUCAUCACCUCAUUUCAGUCACCCAUCACCCCAUUUCAGUCACACAUCACCCCAUCUCCCUCACUCAUCGCCCCAUCUCCCUCACGGUUUCACCCCAUCUCCCUUACUCAUCGCCCCAUCUCCCUCACGGUUUCACCCCAUCUCCCUCACUCAUCGCCCCAUCUCCCUCACGGUUUCACCCUAUCUCUCGCACUCAUCACCUCAUUUCAGUCACCCAUCACCCCAUUUCAGUCACACAUCACCCCAUCUCCCUCACUCAUCGCCCCAUCUCCCUCACGGUUUCGCCCCAUCUCCCUCACGGUUUCACCCCAUCUCCCUUACUCAUCACCCCAUCUCCCUCACGGUUUCACCCUAUCUCUCGCACUCAUCACCCCAUUUCAGUCACCCAUCACCCCAUUUCAGUCACACAUCACCUCAUCUCCCUCACUCAUCGCCCCAUCUCCCUCACGGUUUCACCCCAUCUCUCGCACUCAUCACCCCAUUUCAGUCACCCAUCACCCCAUUUCAGUCACACAUCACCCCAUCUCCCUCACUCAUCGCCCCAUCUCCCUCACGGUUUCACCCCAUCUCCCUUACUCAUCGCCCCAUCUCCCUCACGGUUUCACCCCAUCUCCCUCACUCAUCGCCCCAUCUCCCUCACGGUUUCACCCUAUCUCUCGCACUCAUCACCUCAUUUCAGUCACCCAUCACCCCAUUUCAGUCACACAUCACCCCAUCUCCCUCACUCAUCGCCCCAUCUCCCUCACGGUUUCGCCCCAUCUCCCUCACGUCACCCAUCACCCCAUUUCAGUCACACAUCACCCCAUCUCCCUCACUCAUCGCCCCAUCUCCCUCACGGUUUCACCCCAUCUCCCUUACUCAUCGCCCCAUCUCCCUCACGGUUUCACCCCAUCUCCCUCACUCAUUGCCCCAUCUCCCUCACGGUUUCACCCCAUCUCCUCCUCGACACAUCACCCCAUUAAUCACCCAUCACCCCAUUUCAGUCACUCAUCACCCCAUCCCCCUCACUCAUCAGCCCAUCAUGCCCGUCAUGUACAAGGACGACACGAAAGUGCUGAAGGCUCUUGACAAGGCACUGCAGGAUCUGGGUGAUGCAACCCGCAUCUCGGGAUUCCCUCCCACCUCCUCCCUGGCAACUUCUCCCUGCCCAGCCCAUCAUCCUCCCUCUCCUCACCCACUGCAGCUCCCUCCUCACUCGCUAUUCCUCGACACCGCUCCCCCCUCCCUUGCUACUCCUCCCUGCAGCUCCCUCCUCCCUUGCUACUCCUCCCUGCAGCUCCCCCCUCCCUUGCUACUCCUCCCUGCAGCUCCCCCCUCCCUUGCUACUCCUCCCUGCAGCUCCCCCCUCCCUUGCUACUCCUCCCUGCAGCUCCCUCCUCCCUUGCUACUCCUCCCUGCAGCUCCCCCCUCCCUUGCUACUCCUCCCUGCAGCUCCCCCCUCCCUUGCUACUCCUCCCUGCAGCUCCCCCCUCCCUUGCUACUCCUCCCUGCAGCUCCCUCCUCCCUUGCUACUCCUCCCUGCAGCUCCCCCCUCCCUUGCUACUCCUCCCUGCAGCUCCCCCCUCCCUUGCUACUCCUCCCUGCAGCUCCCUCCUCCCUUGCUACUCCUCCCUGCAGCUCCCCCCUCCCUUGCUACUCCUCCCUGCAGCUCCCUCCUCCCUUGCUACUCCUCCCUGCAGCUCCCCUCUCCCUUGCUACUCCUCCCUGCAGCUCCCUCCUCCCUUGCUACUCCUCCCUGCAGCUCCCCCCUCCCUUGCUACUCCUCCCUGCAGCUCCCCCCUCCCUUGCUACUCCUCCCUGCAGCUCCCCCCUCCCUUGCUACUCCUCCCUGCAGCUCCCUCCUCCCUUGCUACUCCUCCCUGCAGCUCCCUCCUCCCUUGCUACUCCUCCCUGCAGCUCCCCCCUCCCUUGCUACUCCUCCCUGCAGCUCCCCCCACCCUUGCUACUCCUCCCUGCAGCUCCCCCCUCCCUUGCUACUCCUCCCUGCAGCUCCCUCCUCCCUUGCUACUCCUCCCUGCAGCUCCCCCCUCCCUUGCUACUCCUCCCUGCAGCUCCCCCCUCCCUUGCUACUCCUCCCUGCAGCUCCCCCCUCCCUUGCUACUCCUCCCUGCAGCUCCCCCCUCCCUUGCUACUCCUCCCUGCAGCUCCCCCCUCCCUUGCUACUCCUCCCUGCAGCUCCCCCCUCCCUUGCUACUCCUCCCUGCAGCUCCCCCCUCCCUUGCUACUCCUCCCUGCAGCUCCCCCCUCCCUUGCUACUCCUCCCUGCAUCUCCCCCCUCCCUUGCUACUCCUCCCUGCAGCUCCCCCCUCCCUUGCUACUCCUCCCUGCAGCUCCCCCCUCCCUUGCUACUCCUCCCUGCAGCUCCCCCCUCCCUUGCUACUCCUCCCUGCAGCUCCCCCCUCCCUUGCUACUCCUCCCUGCAGCUCCCCCCUCCCUUGCUACUCCUCCCUGCAGCUCCCCCCUCCCUUGCUACUCCUCCCUGCAGCUCCCCCCUCCCUUGCUACUCCUCCCUGCAGCUCCCCCCUCCCUUGCUAUUCCUCCUUGCAGCUCCAUCCGCCUUCUCACUGGUGCCCUGUUUCGCUCCCUAUCUUGA